AGAGGUGUUGUGAGAAGAGGUGCUCUCACUGUCCCAUUCUGAGAGCAGCAAGUGUGACUGGUGUAAUGCUUUACAAGGCUUGGUGUUUUAAGAAUAUCAACUUCCACUCUACAUCGAUUUCUUCUCAAGAUGACCAGCACAGAGUCACCCUCCAUGUCCCUCCAGUCCCUGACCACUAUCCCAGCAAACAUAAAUGCCGACAUAACCACCAUCCCAGCCAACAGCAGUAACACUGAGCUCUGUACUGUGGAAUCCCAACAUGGUUCCAUCCCUGUGAUCCUAAUCCUGGUCUUUGUGGUUGGCUUCCUCCUCAACAGCUUCAGUCUGUGGGUCUUCUGCCUCCGUAUACCACAUUGGAGCUCUGGUACCACCCUGCAGUUCAACUUGGCCCUGAGUGAUGCCCUUGGCACCCCUGCAACUCCCCUGAUGGCUGUAUACUUAACCAAUGGCAGCAACUGGACAUUUGGACCAUUACUGUGUGUAUUCAAGAUUGUCCUUCUAAGUGCACACUUCUUAGGCAGCAUCCUGUUCCUCAUGCUCAUCAGCAUUCAUCGUUAUGUGGUGGUUGUCAAAUUCAACAAAAGCUCCCGUAUGAAACAAAAUGGGUUUGUAAGGAAGUUAUGUGGUGGAGUUUGGUUGCUGCUUCUAGUAGAAGCUCUUGUCCUAACUUACUUUCUUCCACCCAGUAAGGAGGGAGAUAAAACCCAAUGUCUGACCAUCCAUCAGCAUGAUCUGACAGAUGUGUACUUUGUCAUUAACUUCUUCUUAUUCAUCUUAGGAUUCCUUCUGCCUUUCUCAGUGGCUGCAGAAAGCUAUCGUCGCCUGGCAAACUCAGUGUCUCAACUCAAUAUCAACUCAGCAAGGGGCCUUGCCGUUAAGAUCAAAUCACAGAGGAUGAUAGGUAUCUGCUUAGUGAUAUUUGGGCUCUGCUUUCUACCACUCAAUUUAGUGCGGACAAUAGGGGUAGUGGUAAACAAAUACAGUGAAGCUUGUACGAUGCUUCGACAUUUGGAUACGGCAUAUUAUGUGUCAUUCAUCCUGGCAGGUGUCAAUAGUUGUCUGGAUCCUCUGUUGUAUUGUUUUGGGUCCCAGACGUUUAGAAAGGCAUUUCAGGGUGGAUCCUUCAGUGUGGGUCGGAUGAACACUCAAAGAAGUACAACAGAGCUUUGAGUGAGUCGGAGACAGAGAGGUUAUCAAUUACACUGCAAUAUUAUUGAAUAUAUCACGUUCUAUCUACAGUAUGCUGCUUUCUCUGUUUCAUAUUCAUGUCUCAUUGAUAAUUAUCUGGAUUGGGGUCAUAUUGGGUCAACUGUUUAACUGUUAAACUAAAUUGUUUUUUAUUUUCCUUGUGUAUGAAUUGUUAUCAUAUUUUGUAAUGUAAUUAUUGUUUCUUUGACCUUUUGCUUUUAUUUGAGAAAAUAAUAAUGUUCAAAAUCUGGAUUAAAAGAAAAUGU